GCAUGCGCGAAGCCUCCAUCUGUGUCCUCAGUGUCCAGGAGGUUGGCGGAAGAUGAUGCGGCUCAGCGGACCUCGUGCGUAUCGCGCCACUCUUUAGAGGUAGAUAUAUAUUUUUUUCCACUUGCCUUGUCUAGUUUCUUGCCAAAAAUAUAUUUGCUGCUCAAUGUGGAGGUGCGAGCGUAGCGAGCGUACCUGAUUAGGUAUUGGUCAGGAAGAAGAAGAAGAGGAAAACAGAGAAGAAAAGGGGCGAAGUGACCGGGGUUGGGCAUCAAAUUGCACCGGAUGUCAUUAUCCACUGUUAAUUAUCAAGGACUUUAAUCACAAGCAACGGUAGAGCCAUGGAGGUUGUAACACAUCUUGUGAAUGACACAGUAGUGUUUUAUAAAUGGAGCCUUACUAUAGCAGACAAGAGGGUGGAGAACUGGCCGAUGAUGUCUUCUCCCUCUCCAACCCUGGCCAUCAGCUGCCUGUACUUGAUCUUCCUGUGGGCGGGGCCUAGGUACAUGCAGGACCGCCAACCCUUUACACUCAGGAAGACCCUCAUAGUGUACAACUUCAGCAUGGUGGUCCUCAACUUCUACAUCGCCAAAGAGCUCCUACUAGCAUCAAGAGCCGCUGGAUACAGCUACCUGUGUCAGCCUGUCAACUACUCAAAUGAUGUGAAUGAAGUCAGGAUAGCAUCUGCUCUUUGGUGGUACUACAUCUCCAAAGGGGUGGAGUUCCUGGACACGGUGUUUUUUAUACUGAGGAAGAAGUUCAACCAAGUCAGCUUCCUCCACGUCUACCAUCACUGUACCAUGUUCAUCCUCUGGUGGAUUGGUAUCAAGUGGGUCCCCGGUGGACAGUCAUUUUUCGGUGCAACCAUCAACUCUUCCAUCCAUGUCCUCAUGUACGGUUAUUAUGGCCUGGCUGCCUUGGGACCUCAUAUGCAGAAGUAUCUCUGGUGGAAGAAAUAUCUCACCAUAAUUCAGAUGAUCCAGUUUCAUGUAACCAUCGGCCACGCCGGUUAUUCGCUCUACACUGGCUGCCAAUUUCCCUGCUGGAUGCAGUGGGCUCUGAUCGGCUAUGCUGUCACCUUCAUCAUCCUCUUCGCCAACUUCUACUACCACGCCUACAGACGCAAACCUUCAUCACACAAAGGCGGCAAGCCAGUGGCCAACGGCACGUCCGCUGUGACUAACGGCCACAGCAACAUGGAAGAAGUGGAGGAAAAUGGGAAGAGGCAAAAGAAGGGAAGAGCGAAAAAGGAGUGAAGAAGAAAGAGGCGCGUGCCUGGCAACAAUCUAAAAGUGGACGGAGAAGGAGGGAAGGGAGGGGAGAAAUAAACCAGACAAUCAUUUCUGCAGAUAAUGUAGAUUGACAUGAUUCGGGACCAACUUGGGGAGAACAGCGGGUGUCGGGUGUGUAUUUAUGGGCAAGUCUGUAAAAGCUUCUGGUUUUAGAUGGAAGACAGUUAUGUUGGUUGUCUGCAAAACAGAUUGUUAAUGAAGAAAAGCAAAAAUGCUGAUCACAUAGGCUCCAUGCUCUUCUGUCCAACUGUGUUUUGGACCCUUUUGGGACCAAAUGUCACAGAAAAUGCACACCUGCUCAGCAUUUACAACCAAAGUUCACCUCCAAUUUUUGUACUCUGGAUUCUAAUACUGCUUUAUCUAAGAGCUUAAAUAGUUAUUGUGCUAAUUUAUUUGCUAGUGCUCUAAAUAAUUUUGAUUGAUUUUAAGUGUUACCAAAAUCUGUAUAUUUUUUUGUUAUUUCAAUCUUUUGGGAGUGAGCAGCAGGUGUGGUGGGACAUUAUGUUUACAGAUGCAGUUGAUUUAGAUAUGGUUAUCAAAGAAACUUACAAAGUCCUCAUGUUUGCCAUCUGCUUUAUUUACAUUGCCUUGCAAAAGUAUUCCUACCCCUUGAUUAUUUUGUUUAGCCACAAAUUCCAAUGAUCAUCACUGGGAUUUUAUGUGGCAGAUAAACGUAGAAGCAUUUUUUUCAGGCUACAAAAGAAAAAUAAUAAUUUCUUGGUAUUAAUUUACACAUAUACUGUAGACACAUAUAUUGUAAAAAAAAAAAAAAAAAAAAAAUAGACCAGUCUCAAGUCUUUUGCAGACUUUAGCAGGAUUUAUUUAUUAUCAACUCUAAUCAGUUUUCCUGUCUCUGCUGAAGAGAAGCACACACUGCCACCACCGUGUUUCACCACAGGGAUGAUGUGUUUUAAUUCCCUUGCAUAUUGUUUUUUGCAUUAAGGUCAAAAAGCUCAACUUUAGUUUCAUGGCAUUAAAGCUCCUUUUUCUCACGUUUGCUAUGUACCUUCCAUGACUUAUGGAAAACUGCAGAUUAUGACUUUAGUGUUUGUCUUUAAAAAGUGUCUUGUUAUUUACACUUCUCCAUAAAGACAAUAAUUUAUGAGUGCAAAGCUAAUAGUUGUCUGUCAACAGUUUAUCCUGCUGAGCUGUGGAUCUUUGUUGCUCCUUCUGAGUUACUUUGAGGCCUCUUGGCUAUUUUUUUUAUUAUUUUUAUUUAUGCUCCCCUUAAAAAUGUAAAAACACGUAUCUUUUCCUUCUAUUUUUAAAUUUUGCUCCGCUUUAUGUUGGUGUCUCACAUACAGUCCAUAAAACGUAUACUAAAAUCUGUAACUUGAUACUGUAAAAAAAAAAAGUUCAAAGUGUACAAAUACUUUUGCAAGGCAUUAUUACUUCUUUGCAGUCAUCCACAGCAUCUUCCAGUCCAACUGGUUGUGGACAGUGGAGUUCUUUGCAAAGACUACAACUAUGCUGCAUUUACAAAGUUAUAUGCCACUACCUUUUUGUUCAUCUGGAGUUUAAAAAAAAAAAGCUGAUUUGAAAGACUUGUGAUAAAACCUUAGAGUUGUUUGGAUUUUUAGAAAAAAGUUUAUGACCCUGUAAAAAAAAAAAAAAGAUUUUUUAUGGGUCUUCACACAUUAUUUCUUUUUACUGUGUCUGACUGCCACUUAGGACUGCAGGGAAAUUCAUCCUAAAGGAAAAGCUUUUUUUUUUUCUUCAAGAAAUCAGCAGGUAAUUUUAUUGUCUUGUCUAAAGAAAGGUGACUGCUUCCUGGCUGCACAACUAAAUGAAAUAAAGAAACUGUCAGCACUG